AUGAGGAAAGGCUCGCUUAGUGGCUUCCAGCGGGCGCCCGGGAAGGCUUCCGGACAAAGCGCCCAGAGAGUGCGACUGGCGACGCAGCUGUUCUCCCAGUCUGUGGGGAUCGGCAUCGCCACCUAUCUUCCUCGCCGUGGGGCGCAGGCCGAGGCAGUACUCACCACCGCCCGGUGGUUCGACAUCAACAACAGCCGCACGCCUCACGACGCGAAGCCGGAGCGCUGCGGCUACGGCAUCACGCUGGCAGCAAAGGUGGCGCAGGACGGGGCCCUGGCGGAGGUGGAGAAGCUGGCCGUCCACCGCCAGCGCCUGGCCAUCAAGAAGAGCUACAGCAUCGAGAACGGCUACCCGGCGCGGCGCCGCUCCCUGGUCGAUGACGCCAAGUUCGAGACCAGCAUCAACAAGGAGACCCGGCAGGAAUGGCUCAGCCACAUCCGUCAGAGCGAGAACGAUGAAGACCUCUCGGAGGAGGAGGUGCUGCUGGCCGCCUCGUCACCCACCGACGAGUCGGCGGCCGGACCCCUCAACAUCGUGCUCGUGCUCUCCAUCAAGUCGGGCAUGAAUAGUCUCGGCCGCAUCAUCAAGACCAUAGAGAGUCACCACGGCUCGCUGCAGCACAUCGAGUCGCGCGCGUCGCGCCGAGCGGACGCCUCGCACCAGGUGCUGCUGCGCAUCACCCUACUGGCCGAGAACCUACGCCAGCUGACGCGCUCGCUGCGCCAGAGCGCCGCAGUCACCGCCUGCGACAUCCUCAACGAGGCCACCGCCAGCAUCAAAGAGCCUUGGUACCCGCGCCACAUCAGCGAGCUGGACCAGUGCAACCACCUGAUGACCAAGUACGAGCCGGACCUGGACAUGGACCACCCGGGCUUCGCCGACGCCGAGUACCGCAAGCGCCGUCACGCCAUUGCCAGCAUCGCCUUCAGCUACAGACACGGUGAGCCGAUCCCGCGUGUCCAGUACACGGCCUCCGAGGUGGAAACGUGGCGCCAGGUGUACACCGAGCUGAUGCGCUGCGUGCCUACUGGCGCCUGCUCCGCCUACCGCUCCGUCAUGCAGCUGCUGCAGCGCGAGUGCGGCUACUCGGCCGACCACGUGCCCCAGCUGGAGGAUGUCUCCAAGUUCAUGCAGCGCCGCACCGGGUUCGUCCUGCGUCCUGUGGCCGGCCUGCUGACUGCUCGCGACUUCCUGGCAUCGCUGGCCUUCAGGGUGUUCCAGUGCACCCAAUACGUUCGCCACCACAGCUCGCCGCACCACUCCCCGGAGCCAGACUGCAUUCAUGAGCUGCUGGGCCACGCGCCGCUGCUGGCCGAGCCGUUCUUCGCCGAGUUCUCGCAGGAGCUGGGGCUAGCGUCGCUCGGAGCCACCGAUGAAGAGAUUGAAAGAUUCGCCACGGUGUACUGGUUCACGGUGGAGUUUGGCUUGUGCCGCGAGGGCGGCGAGCUGCGGGCGUACGGCGCCGGCCUGCUCUCCUCGUACGGCGAGCUGGAGCACUCGCUCUCGUCACGGCCGCAGCAUCUGCCGUUCGAGCCGACCGCCACCAGCGUGCAGCCCUACCAGGACCAGGACUACCAAGACGUCUAUUUCGUGGCCGAGAGUCUGCUGGACGCACAGGACAAGUUCAGGCGCUGGGUGGCCACCUCGCUUAGCCGCCCGUACGAGGUGUGGUACAACCCGCACACGCAGACCGUGGAGAGAGUCGACGACGUGAACAAGGUGGGCGCCAUGGUCUCCCAGCUGCACGGCCAGCUGAUCCGGCUCAACAGCGCCGUGCAGAAGAUGAAGUUCUGAGUCGGCCACUAGAGGUGCCACCGGCGCGCGCCGUCGCCACUAGCCACAUGUUCGGUCUCAGCAGCGGAGGCGCAUUUCCGGCCGCGCCGUCCGUUGCCGUUGUUUCGUUUCGUUACGGGCAUGUCUCGGCUGUACUUCAGCAGGCUGUUGACCGCGCCACCGGCGCUCUCUGGCGAAGCAACCAGAGGAUGUGACCGCGAUUCCGCCGCGUGUCCCGGCCCUGUCGGCGCUCUGGGCGGCGGCCGCCCCCGUGCAGCACAGGGCCAGCUUCGGAGGGGCCG